UAUUCAUCAGUUUGAUUCUAUGUUUGAUCAAUUUGAUUCCUAUAUUUCGUCAGUUUGAUUCCAUGUUUGAUCAGUUUGAUUCUAUAUUUGAUCAGUUUGAUUCGACGGAGGUGUGGUGACGUUUAACGACAACAAAAACUAUAAGAACAGGAACACAAGCUCUCUGGUGGCAGUGCAUUUCUCUCAAACAAACUGUCCCACGACUUCUAUCAUGACAGACGGACAAAAUAUCGCAGCCUGGCUUCCCGCUGUUGGGGCGAAAUUAGAAGUCCGCCCAGCCUCGACUCCAGAACCUGGACAUGACGAGCUCCUCAUCCAGACGGAAGCCAUACCUAUCCAACCAGCGGAAUACAAGAUCCAGGAUGGUGUCCUUCCAUAUCCGUUGACAUAUCCCACAAUCAUUGGAGUGAGCUUUUCAGGGACAGUUGUCAAGAUUGGUCCUGGCGUCACACGUUUCCAAGUUGGAGACCGAGUCGCUACCAAUAGUGCAGUGGUGCUGCGAAAUGAUGCGCGCUUUGGAGCACUUCAGCGAUAUGCCCUUACCACGCAGCAGCUAACUGCGAAGAUCAGUGGCGCAUCUUUCGAGAACGCGGCUUCCCUCGCUUCCGGGAUCUACGGAGCCAUGAGCGCCCUUAUCCUGCAUUUACACCUGGAAAAGCCCUCAUCAACCCCAAAUCCGCUGAAUAAGUCUAAGAAGAUCCUAAUCUGGGGUGCCUCCUCGUCAUUCGGCGCAUCUGCUGUCCAGAUAGCCGCAAGCGCUGGUUAUUCCGUCGUGGGGGUAGCGUCCGGCUUGAAUGCCGAACUGGUGAAAUCCCUAGGUGCGUCUGAAUUUGUAGACCGGACCCAGUCCUCUGCUACAGACACUCUGAUUGCUCUUGGUCCCUUUCAUGCUGUGCUGGCUGCUGCGGAUUCGGCAAGGGACCAGGAAACGAUUGGUGCUGUCCUCGCCGCCCAAGGCGGUGGCUCAUUUCUAUGUACCAUGGGCGUUCGGGCUGGGGUCACUCUACCAGAUGGUGUGACUGGGAUCUUUGCACCUUUCUUGGACGCUUACUUGGACCCGGCCAAUUCGGACUUCACGCGGUGGGUAUGGUGGGAGUUUCUUGAGCGAAAGCUAGCGGAGAAUCAGAUGCAUGCGCUUCCGACUAGGGUUCUUGGGGGUUUGAGCCACGCUCAGGAGGCUUGGGAUCUUCUGAGACAGGGGAAAACGAGCGCCGAGCGGUUGAUCAUUCAGCCUAAUGCUGAGUGAAACUGUUUCUUAUUGAUGCAUAGGCUACAUAUAACUUUCAGCACAGACAGUAUGUAUCUUACGGGUCAUGCAUAUGUUCCAGUUACACGCGCUCGCUAACCGGAACUUUUUGGUUCCACGGCCACACAUUUGUAGGAAGAGUGGCACUGAUGGUGUCUGAUUAUAGAUGGCUUGAAGCAG